AUUCAGUUCAUUUACUUUUCAUUUUCUUUCUUACUCUCAUACUUCCUACUUUCAUUUAAUAUACAAUCCAUGGCUGUUGCUGAGAAACGAGUGCGUGGUUCACGUGGAAAGAAAAACAAAGGAGAUAAGGAUAAAGGCAAACCCAAGUAUGAAGCCGAGUCAAAUGAUAAUAAAAAGUUUCAGCGCGCACAUCAAACUACCUACGAUCGCAACGUGAAGGAUGCUGAAAACAAUGGCGGAUCGAUUCGUCCUGACCGUAAAGAACAGAUCGACGCUGCUGCCAUCUUUGGUUUCAUUGAUCCGGACGUUCAACAGUACUUUAAGGGCGUUGAGCAAACCAUAGACGAACUCAAUUUUGAGACUGCACAGGAGCAACAGCUUUUCUUGGAAAAUGUAUACACAGAAGUGCAAGGGAAGGAAUUAGUCCUUGCGACCGACCAUUCCUGCUCUUUGGUUCUUGAGAAAUUAUUAAGAGCAUCAAACGACUUUCAACUUCGUGUGUUUUUCGACAAGUUUAAUGGAAACUUUUUGAAACUAUUUACACACCGGUUCGCAUCUCAUGUUUGCCAGACACUAAUCACAUUGUGUGCAGAUGCGGUUGAGAGAGAAGUCAAAAGCAAUGAUAUCAAAUCUAAGGAAGAACACGAAGUGCCUCAGGAAGAUGGCGUCUUGCUCAGCGCACAAGAUAUGAUCUUAAAUAUGUGCACUCAGACUCAAGAAGAAUUUACUUCCUUGAUUUCUGAUCCGUUUGCCUCCCAUAUCAUUCGUGUUAUUCUUCAUGUGCUUUCAGGACGUACUGUUGGUGACGAUGGCACUGGAAAGGGCAAUAUCAGGAGUAAGAAAUCUGCAAAGUAUAACGAUGCUAACAAUAGCAAGACUAAUAAUAUGGGCGUGUUCCGGCCUACUCGUCUUGUCCCACCUUCGUUCAAGGAAAUGUUACGUACUAUUACUUCGACUAUGAUGAAUGGGCUCAGCGAUUCGGUUGUUCGCUCCCUUGCUGUCCAUCAGGUGGCUAACCCUGUGUUACAGCUGCUAUUGGAGGUCCUCGCUAAAGACAAUGAGAUGGCAAAGGAUCAGCUUGUAGACAAGUUGCUAAUAGAUAUCACUCACGAAGAGGAAUCUGGGCACAAAAAUGACGAUCGUGAUGCCUAUGUUGAAACUUUGCUUAGAGACCAAGUCGGAUCCCAUCUGCUGGAGAAGAUCGUACAAGUCGCUUCACCAACGUUGUUCCAAAAAUUCUAUAUAUUAUACUUUCGCGGUCGUUUAGUUAAGCUCUCUUUUCAUCCUAUAGCCAACUAUGUAAUUCAGCAGCUCUUCGUUCAUGCUAAGACGUCGAUUCAGCUAGAGAUGAUGGUCGAGGAGGUACUGCCAGAGUUCGAAAGCUUUUUGAAAUAUGGUCGUCCAGGCGUCAUUCGAGCAGUUGUUGAGGCGUGUAAAAACGUGGGUGCGUGCCAUAAGGAGGUGAUCAAGGGGCUCUGCACUGCCUUUCAUACCAACACACCAGUGGAGCGUAAAGAAUUUAUCCAUGUAGUCCUGCAUAUGGAGACUUAUGAGGCACUGAUGGAGCGUCGGAAACAACAGGAGUCGAUCAAGCCUAAGUUCCAUCCCCAAGGCGCCGUUGUUUUACAGCUCCUACUCCAGUACCCAGAGGAACAUAGCAAAAUUGUAGUUGAUAGCUAUUUUGCUCAAAAGGACGACUUGAUGUAUGCAUGGACCAUGGAUCCCGUAGGCUCGCACGUCAUUGAGGCGUUCCUGACGUCACCUACAUUGAAUCUCAAAAUCAAAAGAAAGAUUUUGAAGUCAUUCUUGGGUAAAUACCAUUCUAUGGCUUUGGAUCGGUAUGGUGGCCAUACAGUUGACAAAUGCUGGGCAGUUUCAGACAUAGAUAUGAAAGAGAAGAUUGCCACCGAGUUGCUGGAGCACGAGCUAGAACUAUCGCAGAGCUUUCAUGGGAAAUUCAUCCUUCGCAACUGCAAGAUCGACCAGUUCAAGCGCAAGAAGGAGGAGUGGUUGGAACGAGAGAAGGGUAUUGAACGCAAAAGGGAUAUGUUCAAGGAUAUCCUCGGAGAUGCUGUGUUGGCGACUGUUCAGGGUAAGCAAACUGCUGCGGGCAGUUCAACUGCAGAGCUUCCUGCACCUAAUCCAAAGAUGGCGGAUCUUGGUUUCGGAGGCGGCAUUGCUGGGGUCAAGACUGUAACUGAGAAGAAGAAAAAGAAAUCUAAGAAGAGUUCUGAAGACCCCAAUAAGAGAAUCCGCUAAAGGAGAAGUACAAGUCGGAUGAAAUUGACAAGUUGUUCAAGAAA